UUAAACUACCGAACUAUUUUUUUUCAUCUUUCUGUAGCCCACAGCUCACCACCAUUUUCUCCUUCAUUACCCCUUGUUUAAUUAUUCAUCUCCACCACUUUUUGCAACACACAAAAAUAAUAAUAAUAAUAAUAACAAUAAUAAUAAUAAUAAUACUCCAAUAUAAUGAGUUCAUCACUCUCUGUUGAAGAUGGUGGUGGUGGUGCCACCAAAGAUCAUGAUCAUGAUCAUCAUAAGAAAGAAACACCAAAAAGAGUUUCAAUGUUAAAACUUUUCACAUUUGCAGAUUCAUAUGAUUAUCUUCUUAUGUUUCUUGGUUCUGUUGGAGCAUGCAUUCAUGGUGCAUCUGUUCCUGUUUUCUUUAUAUUUUUUGGCAAGUUGAUUAAUAUUAUUGGACUUGCAUAUCUUUUUCCUAAAGAAGCUUCUCAUAAAGUUGCAAAGUAUUCUUUGGAUUUUGUGUAUCUUAGUGUGGUGAUACUCUUUUCUUCAUGGGUUGAGGUGGCUUGUUGGAUGCAUAGUGGAGAAAGACAAGCAGCAAAGAUGAGAAUGGCUUAUUUGAAAUCAAUGUUAAGCCAAGAUAUAAGCCUUUUUGACACUGAAGCUUCAACUGGAGAAGUCAUUUCUGCAAUUACUAGUGAUAUCAUUGUUGUUCAAGAUGCCAUUUCUGAGAAGGUAGGGAAUUUCAUGCACUACAUCAGCAGAUUCCUAUCCGGAUUCAUUAUAGGAUUCGUUAGAGUUUGGCAGAUAAGUUUGGUGACUUUGUCAAUCGUACCUGCGAUUGCAAUCGCUGGUGGUGUCUAUGCUUACAUCGCAACGGGCCUCAUUGCCCGAGUCCGAAAAUCAUACGUCAAAGCGGGUGAAAUCGCUGAAGAGGUAAUUGGAAAUGUAAGGACAGUGCAAGCAUUUUCUGGAGAAGAGAAGGCAGUAAAUUCUUACAUUGAAGCUCUGUCAAACACUUACAAGUACGGCAAAAAAGCUGGUCUAGCCAAAGGCUUGGGCCUGGGAACUUUGCAUUUUGUUCUCUUCCUCUCUUGGUCAUUGCUCGUCUGGUAUACCAGCAUCGUCGUCCACAAAAACAUUGCUAAUGGCGGCGACUCCUUCACCACCAUGCUCAAUGUUGUCAUUGCUGGCCUGUCUCUCGGGCAGGCUGCACCGGACGUCAGCGCAUUCAUUCGGGCUAAAUCAGCAGCAUAUCCCAUCUUUGAAAUGAUAGAGAGGAGAACAGUAACCAAAACCAGUGCCAAAACAGGCCGUACACUUGCCAAAUUGGAUGGUCACAUACGCUUUGAUGAUGUGUGUUUCAGUUACCCAUCUAGACCAGAUGUGAUGAUCUUUGACAAUCUUCGUCUUGAUAUACCUUCUGGGAAAAUUGUGGCCCUUGUUGGUGGUAGCGGUUCGGGGAAGAGUACAGUUAUAUCACUGAUAGAACGAUUUUACGAGCCUCUCUCGGGCCAGAUCCUGUUAGAUGGGAACAAUAUAUGUGAGCUUGACAUAAAAUGGCUAAGAAACCAGAUUGGGCUGGUCAAUCAAGAACCAGCUCUCUUUGCUACUACGAUAAGGGAUAAUAUUUUAUAUGGGAAGGAUUCGGCUACUCAUGAAGAGAUCACACACGCUGCAAAGUUAUCCGAGGCGAUUACUUUUAUUAACAAUCUCCCGGAAAGAUUUGAAACGCAGGUGGGUGAACGUGGGAUACAACUCUCAGGGGGACAAAAGCAACGAAUUGCAAUUUCACGGGCGAUCGUGAAAAACCCAUCAAUUUUAUUGUUAGAUGAAGCCACUAGCGCCCUUGACACUGAAUCUGAAAAGAGUGUCCAAGAGGCACUUGAUCGUGUGAUGGUGGGAAGGACAACCGUAGUUGUAGCCCAUCGGCUUUCCACCAUUAGAAAUGCAGACAUUAUAGCUGUUGUUCACCAAGGGAAGAUAGCGGAAACUGGGAGCCAUGAAGAGCUCAUGGCCCGACCUGAUAGUGCCUAUGCAUCGCUCGUUCAACUUCAAGAAACAGCCUCUUUGCAUCGUGCACCGUCCCGUGUUGCUUCUAUGGGAAGACCUUCCAGCAUAAGAUAUUCUCGCGAACUAUCCCGCACGACUACAAGGAGCAUAGGAGCUAGUUUUCAUUCUGAUAGAGAAUCUGUAGGCAAGCUCGGUGUUGAAGGUGUUGAAUACAUUAAGCCACCACGCAUUUCCUCAAAAAGAUUAUACUCGAUGAUUCAGCCUGACUGGGUUUAUGGCUUAACCGGUACCAUAGGAGCACUCGUAGCCGGAUCCUGUAUGCCUCUCUUUGCUCUUGGGAUUAGUGAAGCCCUCGUGGCUUAUUACAUGGACUGGGAAACCACACAGCGUGAGGUCAAAAAGAUUGCCCUUCUCUUUUGUUUUGGUGCUUGUGUGAGUAUCACUGUUUACUCCAUCACUCAUUUAUGCUUCGGGAUCAUGGCAGAAAGGCUCACUCUUCGUGUUCGUCAAAAGAUGUUUUCAGCUAUUUUGCGAAACGAGAUUGGAUGGUUCGACGACAUGAACAACACAAGCUCAAUGCUCGCUUCCCGUUUAGAAAGUGAUGCAACGUUACUAAGAACCGUAGUUGUUGACCGAACAACAAUACUGAUACAGAACUUGGGCUUAAUCUGCACUUCAUUCUUCAUUGCCUUCCUCUUAAAUUGGAGGCUGACACUCAUUGUAAUGGCUAUGUAUCCGUUGAUCAUCAGUGGUCACAUUAGCGAGAAAAUGUUCAUGAAAGGGUAUGGUGGUGACUUGAACAAAGCUUAUCUUAAAGCUAAUAUGCUUGCUGGUGAGGCAGUUAGUAACAUAAGAACCGUUGCAGCAUUUUGCUCUGAAAAUAAAGUGCUCGAUCUUUAUGCCCAAGAGCUUGUUGGACCUUCUAAACAGUCAUUUAAUCGAGGGCAGAUUGCAGGAUUAUUCUACGGUGUCUCUCAGUUCUUCAUUUUCUCAUCUUAUGGUCUUGCAUUGUGGUAUGGUUCUGUCUUGAUGGAGAGAGGGUUGUGUGGGUUCAAAUCAGUAAUGAAAUCAUUUAUGAUUUUAAUUGUGACCGCGUUAGCCAUGGGCGAAACAUUAGCAAUGGCACCAGAUUUAUUAAAAGGAAACCAGAUGGUUGCUUCGGUAUUUGAGGUUCUCGACAGGAGAACACAAGUUGUGAGUGACGUUGGUGAGGAAAUCACAAAAGUUGAUGGGACAAUUGAACUGAAAGGUGUCAAUUUCAGCUACCCGUCAAGACCCGACAUCUUGAUUUUCAAAGAUUUUGAUCUAAAGAUUCGAGCAGGAAAGACCAUGGCAUUGGUGGGGCAAAGUGGUUCCGGGAAGAGCUCUGUUCUCUCUCUUAUUCUUCGGUUCUACGAUCCAACCUCCGGGAAAGUGCUGAUUGAUGGAAAGGACAUUAAGAAGCUGAAGCUAAAGUCUCUUAGAAGUCAUAUCGGGCUAGUCCAGCAAGAACCGGCUCUAUUUGCAACCUCGAUAUUUGAAAACAUACUCUAUGGGAAAGAAGGAGCCUCAGAAGGUGAAGUGAUUGAAGCCGCUAAGCUUGCAAACGCACAUACAUUCAUAAGUGCCCUCCCGGAAGGUUACUCAACAAAAGUUGGUGAGAGAGGAAUUCAACUUUCAGGCGGACAAAAGCAGAGGGUAGCUAUAGCACGAGCUGUGCUGAAGAAUCCUGCCAUAUUACUAUUGGAUGAAGCCACCAGUGCGCUUGAUGUGGAGUCUGAGCGUGUGGUUCAACAGGCUUUAGACCGGCUAAUGAAGAACCGAACCAGUGUCGUGGUUGCACACCGGCUAUCAACCAUAAAGAAUGCGGAUGAGAUAUCAGUGAUCCAAAAUGGAAAAAUUGUGGAGAAAGGGACCCAUUCAAGUCUUGAGCAUGAGAACGGGCCAUAUUCAAAGCUAAUAAACUUACAGCAGCAAGAACAUCACCACCGUAAAUAAUAAAGAUCGAGAGUUUUUUUAACAUAUGUUUGGCCGAUCAAUGUUGUAUCGUGUUUUACACAUGAUAUAGUUUGUUUAUCACCUUUAUAUGAUGAUUUAAGGUGUGAUAAGUUAUUGAUUCUAUUAUAAUUGGAAUUCAAUUGGUGCUGGCCUGGGUGCUCUGUGGCCAGAAUUUUAGAAA